AUGUCGUCCUACGGCUCCGUAUUGCCCACUGCGGCGCGCGGAAUUAUCUCAUCAUGCCGAGCUCCUCUCAGGGAGGCCUCAAUGGCACCUUCCUUCUCGGCCUUCCAGCAGGUCCGAGGACUCAAGACCAAGACGAAGGGCAAGGGGAAAUCCGGCCCGUCUAAUACAAAGAGCCGCAAAGGACCUGCGGAAUACGUGCAAAAGAACCUCAAGGAUAUGCCCCAAUGGACUCUCUGUGAUGCCAUGCGAUUCAUCCGAGCCACCGAAGUCGGCCGCGAGCCCACCCUCCAAAAAUACGAGGUACACGUUCGCCUGCGCACGAAGCGAGACGGCCCCGUCAUCCGUAACAUGCUCCGAUUCCCACACGCGGUCCAGACCGAAUCCCGAAUCUGUGUUAUCUGUCCCCCGGACUCCAAGGUUGCGAAGGAAGCCCUCGCCGCGGGUGCCGUUCUUGUCGGUGAACAAGAGGUUUUCGAUGCCGUCAAGGCUGGCAAGAUUGAAUUCGAUCGCUGUCUCGCCCACCCGGACAGUGUUACUGCUUUGAACAAGGCCGCGCUCGGUCGUAUCCUUGGUCCCCGUGGUCUGAUGCCCAGUGCGAAGACCGGUACCGUUGUGGAGGAUGUGGCUUCGCGUGUUGAGAUGCUUCGCGGAGGUACCGUCUACCGUGAACGUGACGCUGUUAUCCGUCUGCCCAUUGGACAGCUUGGUUUCUCUCCGGAGCAAUUGCGCGACAACUUGCGCGCGACUCUAGGCCAGAUCAGAAAGGAUGCGAACGGCCUGGCUGAUCGUGUGAACAAGGAGAUUUACGAAGUGGUACUGAGCUCCACGAACGGACCCGGUUUCUCACUCAACGGCGAGUUCCGCUCCGACGCCUCUCCCGAAACCUCUCUGCUGAGCGGCAUGUAA